AUGAACAUGAAAUCAUUGAGCACUAUUCUGUUAUUCUUAGGCAUUACCUUAAUCAGAGGAGCCAACAUGCCGACAAGAAACGCCACAAGUCCGAUACGUAAUGAAUCUCAAAUAUUGAACAAUGACAACGUUUCUAUCAAUGAAACAAACAUCUCAACAUCAAAGAAAGAAGAAUCCCGUUUUUUCAGCCACAGACAAUUAACGAUUCUACUGAUCAUCACUGUGUCGAUUGCAGUACUCGGAGCUUUACUAAACUCAGCAGUUAUUCUUGCUAUGAUAUUUGACCCGUUAAAGAUCUUGCGCAAGGGACCGUGGAUUACAAUAUUAAACCUGGCUAUUGCCGAUCUCCUUUCGUGUGUUUUCUGCUUUCUAGAUUGGACGAGUUUCCCCAUUUUUAAAAUCUUUUAUUUAUCUAACAGCGAAAUAAAAUUUGUCGCAUUUGGCUGGUCCUUCAGUACAGGCGCCUCUUUUCUAUUCUUGACGUUUUUUUCAGUUCAAAUCUUUUUCCUUACGAUGAACCCAUUAAAAAGACGUUUUACGUUUACCACUUCCAAGGUCUUCUCAGCUUCAGUUGGGAUAUGGUUGUUCUCGAUCCCAAUUGGUUUUUGCUAUGUCAUAGAUAUCUUUCAGCCCGUCCACGAUCAAGAUCAUAGCGAGCACAUAAAGUUCUGGGUGAUUCGCAUAGCAUUUCUUCACUUUCUCACGCUAGUUCAGCUUACCUUAAACAUGCAAGUUGUCAUUAAGAUCAUCCGCAGCCGCCGAAAUACAGAAGAUGAUUGCAUACAAAAUAACAAACACAGAAACAUCGCCAAAACGGUGGUCAUUCUAACUGCAAUUCUAUUUAUUACUACCUUUCCUUUUUUGUUACUAAAACAAAUUGAAUUUGUCAGCAGAAUGAACAAAACGCAUAAAAGUAAAUUUAUCGCAAAGCUAGGUAAAAUUGUGUAUUUAUUUUAUCCCGUUCUAAUCAUAAAUUUUGUGGCGAAUCCGAUCUUGUACUCGCUGAGAUUAAGAGACUUUAGACGGAGUUUACUCGCGUUGAUUGGAAAGAUUCGUGGUAACAACGCCCACAUCCAUACCAAUAACAUAUCGUUUCGGCUUUCUAAAAGAUCUUCAAUGAACUCAAGCACCUCUCAGAAAAGCAAAGCUACGCAAGGGUUAAUAAACAGCUCGUUACUUACUGCUACAACUCCUGUGUAAAUUAGAGAUUAAACCUGUAACUUUUAAUUAAUAUAAAAAUGACCUUUGUUUGAAAUCAUAGAAAAAUCCUAAUCGUUCUGUGCAACGUGUUUCCCAUCAUGGAUUACUGCUGAUAGAGUCAACAACAGGAUUAUAGCUGACUUAGUCCUGCAAUACAAAUUUUUCGUGUUCAUAAACUGCACUAACAGUUAACUUUUACAAAAAAAAAACAGUUACAUUUAUUAGUAAUUUAUAUGGGCGCCGUGCGUGACCGCGCGCUCGGCCCAAUGUUUUUGCACCCCUUGCAAUAUGGCUGCGAUAACCUUGAAAAGGUCUAUUGUCAUUAUAAAGAAAAUUAAAGUAAUAAAAAAAAACACCUAUUUCGAGCUUGCUGUAUGGCGCACAGAACAUAUCUUUAUUCAAAUUACUUAAGAUAUCUAAAUUUUCAAUUAAAAUUAUUCUAUAUUGGAUUAAAAUAUUCUAUAUUGGAUUUAAAA